AUGAGGCCGAUAUCUCUGACGUGCUGCAUCGGGAAAGUCAUGGAGCACGCCUGCCUAAACAGGGUGACGACGAUCCUCGAGAAGCGGGAUGUCUUUGGCCCUCACAACAUCGGCAUCCGCAGAGGACUUUCGACGCAGGAUGCUAUGCUGCAAAUCAAGGAACAGGUCGUUAACGCACCAAGCACGAACGAGCGUACCCUGCUCGGGUUAGACAUCAAAUGCGCCUUCGAUACAGUAAAAGACGCGGCAAUUUCGGACAAGACCAGCCAACUAGAUCUUGGUUCAAGGUUCCACCGGUACGUCAGCAGCUUCCUGACCAGACGUAAGGUGACGGUGAAGGUCCACGGCGCCCCACCACGAACAGUUGACAUGAGAGGUGUGGGUACGCCGCAGGGCUCGGUGCCCUCACCCAUGCUUUUCAACCUCAUCAUGAUCAGACUACCGGAGCGUCUUGAUGAUAUAUAG